AUGUCAGGAUUUGAUGUUUUGGUGACUGGAGAUGUUAGAAGCAUCGUCUAUGCAAAAGGGGUGAAGUUUACUGGAGAGGAGCAACGGAAAAUUAUGGACCGGAAACAUAACAUCCGUAACAUGUCUGUCAUUGCUCAUGUCGAUCAUGGGAAAUCUACACUUACCGAUUCGCUUGUUGCUGCUGCUGGUAUCAUUGCUCAAGAAUCUGCUGGUGAUGUGCGUAUGACCGAUACACGAGCUGAUGAGGCAGAGCGCGGUAUUACUAUCAAGUCCACUGGAAUCUCUCUCUAUUACGAGAUGACCGAUGCUUCUUUGAAGAGUUUUACUGGAGCUAGAGAUGGCAAUGAGUACCUCAUCAAUCUCAUUGACUCACCUGGACAUGUAGACUUCUCAUCAGAGGUUACAGCUGCUCUGCGUAUCACUGAUGGUGCUCUUGUUGUUGUUGACUGCAUCGAAGGAGUUUGUGUGCAGACAGAGACUGUUCUUCGACAGGCUCUUGGUGAGAGGAUCAGGCCUGUUCUUACAGUUAACAAAAUGGACAGGUGCUUCCUUGAGCUUAAGGUUGAUGGUGAAGAGGCUUAUCAGACUUUCCAGCGGGUUAUUGAGAAUGCUAAUGUCAUCAUGGCGACGUAUGAGGAUCCUCUCCUUGGUGAUGUUCAGGUUUAUCCGGAGAAGGGGACUGUGGCUUUCUCUGCAGGUCUUCAUGGUUGGGCUUUCACUCUGACAAAUUUUGCCAAGAUGUAUGCUUCCAAGUUUGGUGUUGACGAAUCUAAGAUGAUGGAGAGGUUGUGGGGUGAGAACUUCUUUGAUCCUGCAACUAGGAAAUGGACCAGCAAGAACACUGGUUCAGCAACUUGCAAACGUGGGUUUGUGCAGUUUUGUUAUGAACCGAUUAGGCAGAUUAUCAACACUUGCAUGAACGAUCAGAAGGAUAAGCUGUGGCCGAUGUUGGAGAAGCUCGGUGUUCAGAUGAAGCCUGAUGAGAAAGAGUUGUUGGCUAAACCUUUGAUGAAGCGUGUUAUGCAGACUUGGCUCCCUGCGAGUACUGCUUUGCUUGAGAUGAUGAUAUUUCACUUACCUUCACCACACACUGCGCAGAGGUACCGUGUUGAGAACCUGUAUGAAGGUCCCCUUGAUGAUAAGUAUGCAACAGCAAUCAGAAACUGUGAUCCAGAUGGUCCUCUCAUGCUCUACGUCUCUAAGAUGAUUCCUGCAUCUGACAAGGGUAGGUUCUUUGCCUUUGGCCGUGUCUUUGCUGGUAAGGUUAGUACUGGUAUGAAAGUGAGGAUCAUGGGUCCUAACUAUAUUCCUGGUGAAAAGAAAGAUUUGUUUGUCAAGAGUGUUCAGAGGACUGUUAUUUGGAUGGGUAAGAAGCAAGAGACUGUGGAGGAUGUUCCAUGCGGUAACACUGUUGCUAUGGUUGGGUUGGAUCAGUUCAUCACAAAGAAUGCUACUUUGACAAACGAGAAGGAAGUGGACGCUCACCCGAUUCGUGCCAUGAAGUUCUCUGUCUCCCCUGUUGUUCGUGUUGCUGUGAAAUGCAAGAUUGCGUCUGAUCUUCCCAAGCUUGUUGAAGGUCUCAAGAGGCUGGCCAAGUCUGAUCCUAUGGUUGUAUGUGCAAUGGAGGAGUCUGGUGAGCACAUUGUUGCUGGUGCGGGAGAGCUUCACAUCGAAAUUUGUAUGAAGGAUCUUCAAGAUUUCAUGGGUGGUGCUGAUAUCAUAGUUUCUGAUCCUGUGGUCUCUUUGCGUGAGACGGUGCUUGAGAGGUCUUGUCGUACCGUGAUGAGCAAGUCUCCAAACAAACACAAUCGUUUGUACAUGGAAGCAAGACCAUUGGAGGAUGGUUUAGCAGAGGCUAUUGAUGAAGGUCGUAUCGGUCCAUCUGAUGACCCAAAGAUCAGAUCCAAGAUCCUAUCAGAAGACUUUGGUUGGGACAAGGAUCUUGCUAAGAAAAUCUGGGCUUUUGGACCUGACACCACUGGACCGAACAUGGUGGUUGAUAUGUGUAAGGGAGUGCAGUACUUGAAUGAAAUCAAGGACUCUGUAGUUGCUGGAUUUCAGUGGGCUGUUAAGGAAGGUCCUCUAGCCGAAGAAAACAUGAGAGGGAUUUGCUACGAGGUAUGCGACGUCGUUCUCCACGCUGAUGCGAUUCACAGAGGUGGUGGUCAGAUGAUAUCGACAGCGAGAAGGGUUAUCUAUGCGUCGCAGCUCACGGCUAAGCCCAGACUACUUGAGCCGGUUUACAUGGUGGAGAUACAAGCUCCCGAGGGAGCACUUGGAGGAAUCUACAGUGUAUUGAAUCAGAAACGUGGUCAUGUCUUUGAAGAAAUUCAGAGGCCAGGGACACCUCUCUACAACAUCAAGGCUUACCUUCCCGUGGUUGAGUCGUUUGGGUUCUCGAGUCAGCUAAGGGCUGCUACUUCGGGACAGGCUUUUCCUCAGUGCGUCUUUGAUCACUGGGACAUGAUGUCCUCUGAUCCGCUCGAGAUAGGCUCGCAAGCGUCCACACUUGUUGCUGAUAUCAGGAAGAGAAAAGGUUUGAAAGAGCAGAUGACUCCGCUCUCUGAUUUUGAAGACAAAUUGUAA